CGUGUUUGGGGAGGGCUCCCACCUCCCAGUCCUUGGAAGGAGCCUGGUCCUGCCUCUCCGGUGGUCAGAUUAGCCUGAGGCAGCCCCUCCACAGAGCCUCCCCUCCGGCCUAGAGGCUCUGCUUGUUUUCUCAUCCUCCCGAGGAGAGCAAGGCCAUGGGUCUGCCCCUGCUGCUGCUCCUGCUGCUGCCCCUGCUGCCGCCAGCAUCUCUGCAGGCUGGUGGCUCAGCAAAAUGCACUUCAAACCUUGAUUAUGAAGUCAAACAACCAGCACGCCUCUCAGCCCCUGAGGGUGGCUCCAUCGACAUCCCCUUCUCCUUCUGUCACUCCUUGGAGUUAGCCAGUGAUCCCAAAGUGCGUAUAUCCUGGAGAUGGAAAGAUUACCAUGGAGAGUUCAUCUACAGCACAACCCCGCCGUUCACCCAUGAGGAUUUUAAAAACCGCCUCUCCCUGAACUGGACAAAGGACCAGAGGAACGGCUCCCUCCGGAUCUCUAACCUGCGGAGAGAGGAUGGACGUAGCUACUUCUGCCGAGUCCAGUUGACCACACGGAACGAAGGUGAGAAGAUGUGGCAGUCCAUCGAAGGGACCAAACUCACCAUCACCAGAGCCACUGAGAAAACCACCAAGGACCCCACCAGCACCACCAGCACCACCAGCACCACCAGCACCAGCACCACCACAGAUGGCCUCGGUGUCUCGGGGGACAAAGGGAGAUCAGAGUUUUGGCCCUUCAGUAAGGAAGUUGUGGUCAGCAUGGCAGUGGUCAGCACUGUGCUCAAAAUUGCAAUUUUGGGACUGAUGAUCUACCUCAGGUGGAAGAGAAGCAAAGGGGUUCCAGCAGAGCUGCUUUGCGGCCCUGGUUUAUCCAAGGAUGGUCUCAGAGUAGGAUGAAGCAGAAAGGCAGGAGGAGAGAUGCUGUUCAUGGAAGGCACACUGA